CUGUGCCACAUUUCCACAUCGUCGGCGUGUCACCGAAGUCCAACAGCCCGAGAUGCUUGCUGCCCAGCGCCUUCCCCACCGCAUCCUGCCGCUCCAGCGCGUGGCACGUCUACGAGAUGCAGUUCGUCGCAUCCACGUCGAGCCGAGCCAGAAUGCUGUCGAGGAAUUGAUCCAAACGAGCCCGGUUGUGUUUUUCUCCAAGUCGUAUUGCCCCUUCUGCGUCCGCGUGAAGGAACUUUUUGAAGACAUGAACAUCAAGCCGCUGACGAUCGAGCUGGACGACCUCGAAUCCGGUCAAGACAUUCAGGACGUUCUCGCAGACAUGACGAACCUGCGCACAGUUCCGAAUAUAUUUAUCAACGGCCGUCACAUUGGCGGAUGCGACAGUGUCAUGAAGCUUGCGAAAUCCAACACGUUGCUCGAUACAAUCAACCACCACAACUAAUUUACCUCUAUUCCUCAAAUCGAUUUGUCUCGCCAACGCGGCGGACUAAACAACGUCCGCUACAACGCGC